AUGCCAGAGGACGAGAGACAAGAAUCUCCCCCGUCGACGGAGGAAGCAACAGCACAAGACGUGCCUCGCGAUCCGCACAUCGACGUGGAUGAUGCACCCGCAGAUGAGGGGUACACGACCGACGCGCAGUCGACCACCUCUACGUCGAUAGCCUCCAGCGUGCGAGACUAUCAGUUUGAGAAUAGUCGCAGGUAUCACAAGUUCAAGGAAGGCCUGUAUCAGUUCCCGAAUGAUGUGCCCGAGCAAGAGCGGGAGGACAUGAAGCACACCGUCGCUGUCCACCUGCUGGGCGGCAAGCUGCAUAAUGCGCCGCUUGAGGACCCGCAAAAGAUAGUAGACAUUGGCACAGGAACGGGCAGCUGGGCGAUCGACAUGGGCGACGAGUAUCCAGGUGCUGAAGUCAUUGGCAUCGACCUGAGCCCUAUUCAACCGCCUUGGGUUCCUCCAAAUGUCAGGUUCCUCGUUGAUGACGCCGAGGCGCCUUGGCUCUUUGGCCAAGACUCGCUAGACUUGGUCCACAUGCGAAACAUGUCGACGGCAAUCAAGGACUGGGAUAAGCUCCUUGGGCAGGCAUACAGCAACCUUAAGCCCGGUGGUUGGAUCGAGCUGCCCGAAUUCCGCUGGGUAUAUGGCUGCGACGAUGGAACCAUGCACCCUGACUUCACGCCCCCAAAGAUGGUGGCCAACAUCAAGGAGGGAUUGGCCACGUUUGGGGUCGACAUGCACGCGUCGGAGAAAAAUGAGGAGAGAAUAAGAAAAGCAGGUUUUGUCAACGUCCGACACGAGAUCAAAAAGGUACCCGUCGGACCGUGGGCCAAGGACCGUAGCCUUAAGACUAUAGGCCUCUACAACAGGAGCAUCAUCUACGAUGGUCUGCAGGCCAUCACUAUGGGGCCUUUUACUCGAGGCCUGGGUUGGACGCCUGAGGAGGUCGAAGUCUUUCUUGUCAAGGUGCGGAAGGACUUGAUGGAUUCUUCCGUGCACUCUUAUGUGCAUUUCCAUUCUCUGUGUGCACAGAAGCCAAAGACAGUCUGA